AUGUCUACGCCCGGCUUGUUCAUAGCGUUCGAGGGAGGCGAGGGCGCCGGCAAGUCCACACAGGCUGCCGCGCUGGAAUCCGCUCUCCUUGCGGAUGGUUACCACGCGGCGCUCGUGCGCGAGCCCGGUUCAACCAAAUUGGGGGACUACCUGCGAAGCUACCUCGUCGCCAAAAAGCCCAUUGUUCCGCUGGCUGAACUGCUGCUCUUCGAGGCCUCGCGCGCUCAGCUGGUGACCGAAAGGAUCCGACCUCUGUUGGACGACGGCGCCAUUGUCAUCGCCGACCGUUUCGCCGGCUCCACCGUGGCCUACCAGGGGCACGGCCGCGGAAUGGACCUGGAGCAAAUCCGGUGGCUCAAUGACGCCGCCACCGGUGGCCUUUAUCCUGACAUGACCAUCCUUCUGGAUAUCGACCCCCUGGUGGGAUUAGGUCGUGUCAACAGCCGGGCCGAUGCCGCCGACCGUUUUGAAGAUGAAGAAAUAGCUUUCCACAAGGCCGUUCGCCAAGGGUUCCACGAACAAGAAGACAAAUCGGGCACUUGGUGCCUGGUGGAAGGGAAUCACUCGAUUGAUGAUGUGGCCGCUGCGGUUUGGGCACGGGUGAACCCAUUGCUCCCAGAACAAAACGUCGUCAAACUCGCCUGCGCUGAGAUGGGUUGA